GCUCGCAGGCUCGGUGAGAACACACCAGCAGGACGGGGAGCGGGGAGCCGGGCUAAGCCCAGAUCCCGGUCUGAGAAGUGCCCUGUCAUUCCAGCAGCUGCUGCGGAGCCUCCUCCUGACACCCGGUUACAGCCCAGAGCCAGCUGAUCGCUGAGCCGAUGCUGGGACAAGCUGGUUUUCCUUUGGAUUAUCACUGGCCCAGCGGUGUGUCUUCUUCAGCCGCUCUAAUGCGCCGGGCAUUGUGAGAAUCUCAUCGCUUACGCACUGGGCACCCAGCUGCAGCGAGCCGUGACCAGGGCCUGGGGAGCCGGUACAGGGACUGCACCCAGCCAGGUCUCCGGCUGCUCUCCUGAGAUGUGUUCUCCCAGCCCCGCCCGCAGCCCACCUACCUUCCAUGGGUAGCGCCAGCCUGGCUGAGUUCCUGACGAGCACUCUCAAGAAUGGAUAGUCCACCCAAGCUGGCAGGAGAAACACUGAUUGUCCAUCACAUUCCCCUGGUUCAUUGCCAGGUCCCCGACCGACAGUACUGCAGUGGGAGCAAGAGGACCAAUCCCUUCUGCCAGCCAGACCUGGGCAUCACGCGGGCCACCUCUCUGCCAGAGAGGGACCUCUCGCAGACGGACUCCCUGGUAUACGGCAGCUUGCUGCAGGCCUCGGAUGCACCGGCAGAGGCUGCAGAAGACACAGAGAGCAAACCGCGAGACUCGGUCAUCUCCAGCGUCACGACACGGCACAAUCCCUUCCUCCUGGGUGACAGUGAGGGGCAUGGUCUCCUUGGCAACAGCACGGGCCAGAAGUCCUUCCACCUGCACAGCUCCAUGGUGGCCGGCAAGCCGGCCUUCCAGCUGCACGAGCUGCCGCUGCCACCCUUCCACCUCCACGACGCCGGCCCCGUGGUGAAGCCCUGGAGCAUGGCCAGCAGGUCCGGCGUGGUGGACGGGCAAGAGGACAAACUCACAAACGCCGAUGUCCAGAAGAGGAACAACGUUGACUGCUGCCCGCUGGCCUCGGAGUGCAUGGAGCUGGACGAGUGCAGCUGCCAGCACGGGAGCUUCUCCUUUGAGGGCGGCGACCAGGACUGGAACAAUAGCUCUGACGAGUCAGGGAGGAACCCGGACGCCCUGCACAGCCGGACCUGCAGCUGUUCCAGCACGGAGCUCCAGCACUGCCGGUGCUACAGCACGUCCAGCCAGUCUGAGACCGGGGACCAGCAAAUGGGAUACGUCAGCGACUCUUCUUGCAACAGCUCGGACGGGGUUCUGGUGAACUUCAGUGCCCUCUACAACAAAAUGAACGGCCAUUCUCGCUCCAACUUGAACUCUGCCAACUUGUCCUGUGACUCUUCCUUCUGCAGCCACUCGGACACCGGGGCCUUUUACCUGGAUCUGCAUUCGUCACCCACGGAAUCCAAGAUGUCUUGUGAAUCGCACAACCCGGAGAGCUCGGGGAAAGUGUGCGGGUGCCACCACCCGUCUUCGCCCGUCUUCGAUGCCAACUGCAACUCCUACCACCUGCACUGCGAGCCGUGCACUUCGGAGAGCUCAGACCUCACCGCUUGCUUCCAAAGCCAAGCCCGGCUCGUGGUGGCCACCCAGAACUACUAUAAAUUAGUCACAUGUGACUUGUCUUCCCAGUCGUCCCCUAGCCCCGCAGGCUCUUCCAUAACCAGCUGCUCUGAAGAUCACACCAAAGGGAGCCCUGUCCAGCCCUCGGAGUACUACUUGUUUCGAAGGCCCAGUGCUCAGCCGGAGGAGAGCGAUGGGGAAUGCUUCAUGGCGGAGACCCAGGGCGAAGCUGUGAAAAACACUAUUGAGGGGCAAGUGUAUGUCAACGUAUCCCCGCCUAACCUGAACGCCGGCCGGCCUCGCUCCAGGAGCUACGAUCGGAACCUGGACCGGAGUCCCACGACCCGGCUGGGCUCCCUGGAGCGCAUGUUGAGUUGUCCGGUCAAGCUGAGCGAGAGCCCAGCGCUAGCGAUCCAGAGCUCGCCCCCGAAGCGGGUGACUUCCUUUGCCGAGCUGGCGAAAGGCAGGAAAAAGAACGGCUCCUCCCCGCCGCUCAGAACCAGCGGUGACUCCUCCUUGGAGUUCUCGCCCAUCCCCGAGUGCCAGCGGGACUGCCCAGGGCUUCUCGAGGACAGAGCUCGACGCUGCCAGAGCCUCCCGCCCAGGCCUUUUGGCCAUUGCCUGAACCGGAGCUGUGAGGGCUACCGUGUGGAGCACAGAUUCGGGGAUGGCCCGAGGGCGUGUUCCAGCAAAGACUCAGGUGCCAACGGCCAUGGGGCAGCCGAGCAGGCCUCUCUCUCUCUGCUGAUGGAGGCUGGUGCCAGCUUCUCAGGCAGCCCUGCCAGUGGGCACGGACAACGAGAUGUUAGAGCCAGAGCAGAUGGCGGCGGCGCGGACAGCAAGGCCGUGGUGCGGUACAGCAAGGAGCAGCGCCCCACCACCCUGCCCAUCCAGCCCUUCGUCUUCCAGCACCACUUCAGCAAGCAGCCCAAGGCCCGGGCCCUGCACAGCCACCUCGCUGCCAGCCUGUCGCAGCUCUACAGCGCCUCCGGCAGCCGGCCCGCCAGCCAGCCGCCCUCCUCCGCCUCCCAGUCCUCCGCCUCCGCCACCUCGGCCGAGCAGCCCGGGGCCGCGGGGGGCCUGGCCCAGCGCUCGGCGGACGGAGCCGCCUCCCUCGCCGACGGCUACGCCAAGAAGCCGGCCCCGGAGAGCACCCGGCCGUCCCCCCUGGGGAGCUACUCCCCGGUGCGCAGCACUGCCCCUUUCUUCCAGAGCCUGGACUCCUCCUGCUCGCCCACCCCGGAGAGAGCCGGCGAGAGCCACCCUCCCCGCAGCAGGUCCUGCCCGCUCUCUGCCAACCUGCUCCCCAGCAGGGCCUCCCCCUCUGCAGGCGCCGCGCUGCCCCCCCAGGCUGACGCCCUGCACCGCCAGGAGAGCCCCCGGCCGGUCCCCCGGAAGGAGGCGCCGUUGGAGCAGAGGGCACAGGUCUCCGAGUACCGACUCCAUGGCGGCUCCCUCCCGCCUCUGGCGUCCGAGGGAGCGAGUGCAAGCCAAGCGGGGGGCCCUGCGGAGCCCCAGUGCAGAGGCAGCAGUGAGGCCGGGAGUUCGGGGUCGCUGAGCAGUGUGGGCCCGCGGCCCCUCAAUGGUACGUCCCUGCGGCCGGGCACUGACUGUGGGUCAGCCCUGGCCAGCACGCCCCUCGCAAACCACCUCUCCCCUCAAGCACUGAAGUGGCGGGAGUACAGGCGGAGGAACCCCCUGGGCCUGGACCGCGGCUCGGGGCUGGCUGGGUUAGCAGGCAGCCUGGACAGGAGGCAGCAGGAGCCCCAGCUCGCCCGGAGGAACCCCAUCUUUGAGUUCCCUGGUUCCCUCAACACCGGCCACGUUCACGGCAGGCUGAAUGGCCAGCCUGUGAAACAGCUGCAGCUGGGCUACCCCGACUGCUUCCCGGAGUACCUGUCGCUGGCGGAGAAGCCGCCGGCCGAGUUCUGCCUCUCCCCGGAUGGCAGCACGGAGUCCAUCUCCAUCGACCUGCUGCAGAAGAAAGGGCUGGUGAAGGCCAUCAACACGGCCGUGGACCUGAUCGUGGCCCACUUCGGAACGAGCCGGGACCCGGGGGUGAAGGCCAAGCUCGGGAACAGCUCGGUGAGCCCCAACGUGGGGCACCUCAUCCUGAAAUACCUGUGCCCGGCCAUCCGGGACAUCCUGAGCGACGGGCUCAAGGCCUACGUCCUGGACGUGAUCAUCGGCCAGCGCAAGAACACGCCCUGGAGCGUGGUGGAGGCGUCCACCCAGCUAGGCCCCUCCACCAGGACGCUGCACGGCCUCCACAGCAGGAUCAGCCAGUUCGCCGAGCUGACCAGCCACAGCAUGAGGUUCAACGCCUUCAUCUUCGGCCUUCUCAAUGUCCGGGCUCUGGAGUUCUGGUUCAGUCACCUGUAUAACCAUGAGGACAUCAUCCUGGUGCACUACCAGCCGGUGGGCUUCCUGUGCCUGUCCCACGGCGUGUGCCAGCCCCUCUUCGAGGAGCUGCUGCUCCUGCUCCAGCCCCUGUCCCUGCUGCCCUUCAGCCUGGACCUGCUCUUCGAGCCCCACCUGCUGCAGAUGGGCCGGGAGCAGCAGCAGCAGAAGGAGCUGCUGCGGGUCAGGCAGGACCUGCUGCUCUCCGUUCACUCCACCCUGCAGCUGAUGCGCACCCGGGGCAGCGCCGAGGAGCCGGACGGCUGGAGCGCCGGCCCGGAGCCGGGCCCGGGGGGUGCCGGCCGGGGCCUGCAGGGAGCGGCGUGGGCUCGGGUCAAGGGGGUGGGCGCAGACGGCGCCAGGGAGGAGGAGCAGAGGCCGGCGAAGGAGAGCGCCUGGGAGGGGAAAAGGGACAGGCAGGCCGGCUGGUGGUACCAGCUCAUGCAGAGCUCCCAGGUUUACAUCGAGGCCUCGGCCGAGGGCUCCAAGUUCACCCGCCCCGAGAAGAAGAAGCAGAAGGCGCCGGGAGCCGCGCCCCGGCCGGCCGAGGGCGGGAAGGCGCCCCCUCCCCGCGAGGGCGUGGUGGAGGGGGCGGAGGCCUGUCCCCUGGCUGAGGGGGCUGUGGCGGAGAAGCCCAGAGCUGCGGCGGACCCUGGGGAGAAGCCCAGCGAGCGGAGCUGGCCCUCCUGGAUGGGGAGCCCCCCGGACUCGGUGCUAGCAGAGCUGAAGCGCAGCAAGGAGAAGGACAAUGGGGCUCCCCAGAGACAGGGGGUGCAGGAGAGCAGCCCGGCCCCCCCCGACAGCAGCCAGCCCAUCAAGUGGGGACACCUGUUCGGGGCUAGGAAAGUGCAGAAGGAGGCCAGGCAGCCCAACAGGUUACCCUCCGGCUGGCUGGCCCUGGACAGGUCCGUGUUCCAGCUCAUGGCCCAGACGGUGGGGGCAGGAAUGUGGCGAGAGGCGGCCCCAGAGCCCGAGCGGCCCAGCGAGCCCCCUGAACGGCAGCUGGCUGGGGGGCUGCCCCCCCAAGUCCCCCGCGAGGUGAAAGCGCUUUGCCAUCACAUCGCCACCGAGGCUGGGCAGCUGAGCUUUCCCAAGGGGGCCGUCCUGCGUGUGCUGGCCAAGGUGGACAGCGACUGGCUGCGGUGCGGCCUGGGCUCGCAGACCGGGCUGGUGCCCAUCAUGUACGUCACCCACCCGGCGGACGAGGACUAUUGACGCGGCCGGGACGCCGCGCACAGGACCACAGGCUGCGCCGCGGGCCGCCUGGCUUGGGGGACAGACGCAGCUUCUCGCUAGUCCAUACCGUGCCCGCCCUGCCCGACAGCCUCGCCCGCCCCAUGCACCUGCCACGGCUGCUGCACCCCGGGGACCUUGCGCCAGGCACCGCCGGGCAUGCGCCCACCCCAGGGCCUCCCGUCACCGCGCUCCAUCUCCAGCACCGGAUGCCAGGGCCUCGGACGUAGCAGGACUCCAGGCGGCGUCGCUCUGCAGCGGGGGCUGCCCAGCCCAGUACCCUGCUGGACUGGGGGCUCCUGGACUGGGCAGGGACUGGCCGCAGGAGACUACAGCCCCCAGCAUGCACUGCUCCGGCUCCGUCAGCGCCAGCUGGCCCACUGCAUGCUGGCCGGGCCCCUGCUGCAGGCCGCCCCCUUGUGGCGUCAGGCUGCAUUGCCGCGCUCAGGCCCCCUUUAGAGCAGUGGCGCUCGGCCUGGGCGGCUUGUGGCCCAUGUGACAGGCUCAGGGCCAUACACGGGGGCUGUAUGGUGUGGGGGCGCCCACAGGACACACACGAGCUGCCCACGAUGGGCGCUCGGCUGCGAAGCCUGGUGCACGUGCAGCCCCGGGCGCGCACUGUGCGAACGCCGCAGCACGUAUUGUACCCGGCCAGCGGCCUGGCACUGCCACACCACGGGCCUCCUGCCAGCCGGGCAUGGGAUGAGCAUCUGCGCUAGCAGCCAUUCAGUGUUAGAGGGGAUGAGCCCGGGGGGGGGCUAGUUCCAGCCCUGUGCAGCCGCAGCGCUGUGGGGUGCAUUCCCCCCCACCCCAUCCACUGCUCCAGCCAUAGGGGCACUGCCUGGGGAGGGGCAGUGGCACAAGGCCAU